AUGAAGCCAGUUUCAAUAAGAGAUUUGGAAACCGAUCAAGGAAAGAUUCAUUUGGUUAAUACCUUAAAAGAUGUCGUAUGUAAGGCCCUUUUAGAAUCUGUGGAUAUUCAAAUCGAAAGUUUUAUGUAUCCCAACGACCCCAAGCAGUUUAUAAGAAUCUUCAAAAACAACAAAAUGUCUCAUAAGACAAGCGAUAGAGAUCCAAGAGUGAAAAAUUACCCAUUGUCGUUAGGUAUUGGACACUCAGCCUUACUUCCUUUAGUAUACAUAAGACAAAAAACUAACUCACUACGGUCUUUAAAUGAAUUGAAGCGGUCGCCGACAGAGCUUGUUAAUGAAUUAAAGAUGAAGUUCAAAAGCAUCAAUGAGGCCUACAGUGGUCUACAUGAACUGUGCCGUUCCUACCUGGCGGUAUAUUACAGUAACAUAGGUCACCAAAAGAUUUUGGGCGACAUAAUCACUCAAAGUGGUUUUAUGCUUGAUAUCUUCCACAGAUUCGCUACGAUUACAUCAUCGGUAGCACAAGAAGAAGGAGAAGCCAGUACCCUGGUAAGUACUGCCAAUCAGUUAAUCGAAGAUAUCAACCUAUUCUACAAACGCAUAAUCAAUAAUUCCAAUGCUUAUACAGAAUACCAUCUAAUCAAACAUGGUAUUAAUAGAAAUCAGAGUGAGGAAACAUUGGUCGAACUUGAAUUCAAAACAAUGGACGUUUCAGGCAUGCGUCUUGAUGAUGAAUUUGAUGCCUUUUUACAACAUAGGAAAGCAUCACUUAGAAUAAUUUAUCGGAGAGUUAUAUGA